UAAAGGCGCCCCACAGAAAUCGGCCGUUUUAGUUUCGCCAAAAGCGUCUAAACGGUCGUCGCGACGCCCGAUAUGCGGGAUCCUCCGCGUCGGAUGCUGGGGACGUCGUCCACACCAUGGAGCUCCCCAGGAUCGCCUCUCAUUCUUCCAUCUGUCCUCCACUUCAAAUGCUGACGCAACCUCCUAAUAGACCUAGGACACCCGUUUCUAAGAGACUGCUUCAGAAUUCUUCGACCCAAAAUCCCGAGCCGCACAUUCCAGUGUUGCCGUCUGCGCCGCAGUAUCAGCCGAGCAGGAAACGCGAAGAAGCCAAGGUACUGCAGAACCUGAGGAGGAGACUAAACGCCGCCAAAAUCGUACAAGCCAACCGGCCGGAACCCAUAGAGGCCAGAACUUGUGCCAAUAAUAAUUUAAGUCCGGAAGAAAUCGACAAUCGGCCUUAUUUAUUACGAAAGAUUCUUCAUAACCGUCCAGUUAGUAUGGUACUAGACAUAUCAGACACUAGAACUGCCUGGCAGGAUAGCGAUUUUAUUACGGACUGCCUGUGCUGGCAUAACGUCUAUAGGCAAAGGCAUAAUUCGCCACCCUUAAACAUGUUACCUGAGUUGUGCCAUUUAGCUCAAACCUGGGCGAACCAUUUAGCACACACCAAUCGAUUUUACUAUAGGAACGGCAAGGAUAUCGGUCAGAAUUUAUUUUGUAGAGCAACCAACGCUUUGGUUACUGACGUCACAGGCCAGGAAGUAUCCACUUAUUGGUACUCAGCAGUUAAACAGUAUGAUUUCAGCAACGAACCGGAUCGGUUACGAGCUAAUGUUAAUGUUGGUCAUUUUACGCAGUUAGUGUGGGCAGAUAGCAAGCACUUUGGAUUAGGUAAAGCCCGCUCUCGUUCAGGCAAAAUCGUCGUGGUUGCUCAUUAUGCUCCGGCAGGAAAUAUUUGUGGGGCCUAUUUGACUAACGUACUUCCACCCUGUGAAGAACUUCCAAAGGUACCACAGCCUUUACCUAAAAAAAUCAUAAUAUCAGGCAGUACAGCGAGCGAUACUGAGAGCCAGUCUACAAGCAGCACUAUGUAAAAAAAAUCAAGUCAGUCCAAGACAAGAGCUGACAGCAGUCUCUAGCUUUGUGAUCCUUUUCUAUGUAGCUAUAGGCACACUUUAAACUUUUCCAGCUUUUCUAAUGUGUAGUUAUAGAAUAAUGCAUUUGUGGUUUACACAAGUUUAUGGAUGGGCAUAUUAUGGAUUUUGACAAUUUCCAAAAGUACUCUGAUGCAGUUUCUAUAUUUAAUUUUAACGAAAUCUUAUUUUAUGACUAGGUGUGUAGUCUACAUGGCAAGAAUAAUUUAUCCUCAAUAUAAAUCCAGAGUUUGUCUAAUGGCCAGAAGCUUUUUAACUAAAGUAAUACGUUUUGUGAUGUUAUUAGGCUCAGCUUAUAAGCAAAUAAUACAAGUGAUUAUGUUAUUAGAUACAAAAAAUUAUUAUGAGUAAAUGUUAACCGAUUCUAGGGAGAAAAUAUUUAUAAAAUUAUUCGCUUUUAAUAUGGAAAAUGGUCAUUAUUAUAUUGACUAUAUUCCAAUCAUGACACAGGGUCAGUUUUUAUGUGGUACCUACCACUAUUUCUAUAAAUAGUUUUUUUUUUUAAUUGGUACAAAUCAGUUGGCAAUCAGCUUAUCAAACCUAAAAUCACUAGUUGCUAAAACGCGGUACUACCUAAAAUGACCCUGUAGACAAAAUUACGCUUAUCAAAUGGCAUUCAGUUAUAACUAAUAAUGAAGUUUAUUUAUAUAUAGUAAUUAAUUAUAAGAAAAAUAUAUUAUAUUAACGUAAUGUAAUUAAGAUGUUGAAAUUGUUAGUCAAUUUUUUGCUCUAGGAAUGAAUUUGUUAUCAAUUCACUAGAAUUUACAGGCAAUAUAUGUAUUUCCAAAAUCUUGGGAAAAUAAAUAGAAAAAUUCAUCUAUGUUUAUGAAAAUUGGAUUCCAAUUCCAAUAUAGUAUGUGGCCUGCAAAUUCAUUUUAAAUCCCUUCAAUCAGCUUAGUGAACAAUCAUUACAAUCAAAUCAAGAUUUAGCUUAAAAACAAUCAAUCAUUUUUGUGUAGCGAAAAAAUUUGCGAUAAACUGUAGGAGGAAAAAUUAUAGGAAAAUUAAGACUGAGCAAGAUGGCACAAAAAUACUUAUUUGGAAUUUCAGUUGAAGUGUAUGCUUUUGAAAUUAUCAUUCAAAUUAAGAUAGUGGAAGCUUCCAAAGGAUUUCAAUUUAAACUGGAUGGAAGAUGUUUAAGAAAUAUUAAUAAUUGUUGAUAUCGUUUUAAAAAAAGAAGCAAUUUUAUUGUUGAUAUGUUGCGUUUUCCGAUAAAUAAUUAUAUACGUUACGUUAUA